CGUCGCUAGGACCUUUGAGUGAAGACUUUACGGGGCUGUUUGAGAGCAGAGAGCUCGGUCAAUGGAUGGAGCUGUGUUUUACAAGUGUGUUCAUGGCGGCUGGUUAAAUAUGAGGGCAAAAUGAAAGCUCCCUUUUUCCUUCAAUGACUUCACUUCUGAGCACAACUUUACAGUCUUUCCGGUUCCGGCCGAAGCGGCAGUCGAAGCCGUCCGCUGACGAUGGGUUCUGGGACUGCAGCGUGUGCACCUUCAAGAACACUGCUGAGGCGUUCAAGUGCAUGAUGUGUGAUGUCAGGAAGGGGACCUCAACAAGAAAACCACGGCCUGUUUCUCAGCUGGUUGCACAGCAAGCAAAUCAGCAGUUUGCACCACCCACACUCCCCAAAAAGGAGAAGAAAGAAAAAUCUGAAAAAGACAAGAGUGAUAAAGAACCAACACUGAAAAAGAAAAACCAUAAAAAGAUGAGGCCGAGGUUAAAAAACAUAGACAGGAGCAGCGCCCAGCAUCUAGAGGUCACAGUUGGAGACUUGACUGUAAUAAUCACAGACUUUAAGGAGAAAGCCAAACCCACGUCAACCUCAACAAGUGCUGCUUCAGCAGACCAACACAGUCAAAGUGGCUCCAGCUCUGAUAACACUGAACGAGGGGUCUCCAGAUGCUCUACGCCCCGCCUGGAAGGCUCGCCGGUCAAUGGAGAGACUCACUAACCUUCACACUCCCAGUCAGCACAACCCAUUCUUCUGCACUCUCAACAGCCUCAACCAGAGAUUAAACUUCAACAUUAAUAAUACUAUAAAAGCCAAUAUGAUAGCAUUCACUUCCGUUGGGGCUGUAUUGUUCACUGCCUUCCCAUGACGAUAAAGAAUUCAGGACUCAGGACGUGUGCUGUACGCUCAACUCAAAGAACUGUUGCAGCGAGACCUAUCUUGAUGAACUGAAAAAAAGGAACAGUAGCAUUAAAUCCUGGAUGUCAGUUGAACUGUGCCACGUGUUGUGGUUACUUCUGUCUUAACACCUCAGUGUUACAUCAGCAUCACACUGAGUUGGCCGUUAAUGCACAGAAUAAAUGGAUUUAUGAAAGAAAAUGAAGAAGUCAUCUCAGAAUUGUAGUUUAUCCUUGAAUUUUGUUAUCGUUAUUUGCACUUAAUGGCAUCCUAUGUUCAUGAUAACAUUUUUUAGCAUUAUUUCCACUUUGCCAUUAUCAGUAAAUCAUAACACUGUUGGUUACUGGCCUAUUCCAGCUCUCAUUUUAUGUCAUUGGAUGCAAUCUUUUUUUUUUUUUUUUUUUUUUUUACUGUUUAACAUUUGAGUAAAAAUAUUGAAUAAUUAUUCCAAGUAUGGUUCUCAUUCACUUGGUAGAGUUAAGCAUGAUUUAAUCUAUAGAAUGGUUUAUAUUGUAAAAUAUUGUUAAAUAAAAUAAGUUGUAGAUA